AAGAAAACGAUUCCAUCUUUCAGUUAAAAAAAAAGAAAAGCUGUAACUGUUGAAGCAGCAUGCACCUAAUAAGCUACUUCUAAAUCUGGCUCCAUCAUUUCAGUCUGUGGACUAGCAGAACAGAGCUUGCAGAAUCCUCCUCAACACGGCUACAAAAACGGUACAGCGUGUGAAGAAGAGCUCAUGGAGCAGCUGGCUAAAGCAGAAACUGAGCAAGAAAAAGAUGAUGUUGGCAGAGGAUAGGAAGCAUUUUGAGGACUCAUUCACAGUACAGGCCUCUGCAGCAGAAAUGGAGAAAAUAAGGGUACGAAAUUCCUGGGUGCCAACCUGCCUAUGGCAACCUAGAAUUCUCCAGGGCAGGCUCGCAAAAUCUUCACCUACUCUCUGGGACAGUUAUCUGGGCAGCUCACCGAACUUUCUUAAUUGCUGUACUUUGCAAGAACAGAAGGGGGAAUUACGAAAGCGUCUAUCGUACACUACCCAUAAGCUGGAAAUGCUUGAAACGGAGUUUGAUUCUACACGUCAGUACCUUGAAAUAGAAUUGAGACGUGCUCAGGAGGAACUUGAAAAAGUAACUGAAAAACUGAGAAGGCAGGUGAUUACUCCCCUGAAGACAUAUCAUAAUGGAAGCCAAAAAUAUGUUACGAGGAUACAAAACAAUUACCUAGCCUUACAAAGAAUUAAUCAGGAUCUGGAGGAUAAACUUUACAGAAUGGGUCAACAUUACGAAGAGGAAAAACGGGCUUUGAGCCAUGAAAUAAUUGCACUCAAUAAUCACUUAAUAGAAGCCAAGGUGACAAUAGAUAAGUUGUCAGAAGACAAUGAGCUCUAUAGGAAGGACUGCAAUUUAGCUGCUCAGUUGCUCCAGUGCAGCAAGAAUUACGACAGGGCACAUAAACUCUCAGAGUUGCCAUCUGACUUUCAGGAAAGAGUCAGCAUCCAUCUGGAAAAACACGGGUGCAGCCUUUCUGUCCCCUUGUGCCACACUUCUUACGCAGACACCAUACCCACUUGCGUCAUUGCCAAAGUACUGGAAAAACCAGACCCAAACAGCUUGUCUUCACACUUGUCAAGCCCUUCUACAAGGGAUCUCAAUUUUCAGGACUCUGCCGGAAAAGUCGGACAAAGGCCACAGUACAAGUCCGAUAUCUACUGCAGCGACACAGCCCUUUACUGCCCCGAGGAGAGGAGGAGGGAGAGGAGGCCAAGUGUGGACACGCAAGUGAAAGACGUGGGGUUCCUGCGGUCCCAGAACUCCACGGACAGCACUGUCGAGGAAGAUGGAUUCCAUUCCAGCUUCUCUCAUGAAGCCUUCCCAGAGUACAUUACCUCUCUGCCAACCUCCAGCUCCUAUUCCAGCUUCAGCGUCACCUCCGAGGAGAAGGAGAACGCCCAAGCCAACACUCUGACAGCCUCUCAGCAAGCAAUCUACAUGAGCAAUCGAGACGAACUGUUUGAAAGAAAGUCCCCUGCAGGUUAUGAGCACCAGGGAAGCCCCAGGUUUGCCAAGCCCAAACCUGCGCAGCACAUGGAGCUCGCGGACGACAACGAGAACUCACCCACUUUUACCAGAACUCUGCCUCCAUAUGCAAAUGAGCCUUUUCAUUUCUCAGCCAUAACACCACAGCAGGCGUUAGCAAAUCAGAAAAUGAGGAACGAGUGCAGGAGUACCCACCUUUCAGAAGAAGACUUGCCUGGGCGAUGGAGGCAGUUGAGCGUGGAGGACAUUGGUGCAUACUCUUACAGGAACGCUGGCAGGCUGUCGCCCUGCAGUUUUUCAGAGCAGUACUAUAGCAGCCCUAUUAAGAAGGGGGACAGCCGAACAAGCCCCAUCUAUGCUAGUUACAAAGCAGAUAGCUGCUCCGAGGGAGAUGAUAUCUGCCAAAGCAGACUUGUGGAUUCCUGCUUCCUGAGAACAGACGGUGGUCUGAAUAUUGACAUCAGCACUAGCUGUAAACAGGACAAAUUGCCCACUUACAAAACUAAAGAAUCAAGAGACCAAAAAAAUGAAAGGAUCACUGUCCAGUUAUGCAGUAGCAAAAACAUCGAAAACAGCCCAGUAUUGAAAAGAGAAUACGUGGAUGUGAGCCCCAACAGCUCGGCAGAGUCGCUCAAUCAGAGUUCAGUGGAGGCUUCAGAAAUCCACCAGUCUUCCAUGGAUCAAGGAAGCCAUUCGGGUAUUCACAGCAAACAGCAGCAGUUUCAACGGACUGGGAGCACUGGUUUGAGUCGGAAGGACAGCCUUACAAAAGCACAAUUAUAUGGAACCCUUCUGAACUAGGCAUCUUCCAAAACGGCAAUAAGACAACAAACAAAAGGAAGCAAAGAGCAUUUGAUACUUCUAGUGAACAAUAAGGUUCUAAGAAACAGGAUUAUUAUAAAGUAUAUAUUCAUAAUGGUACUAUAUGUUUAAAACAAAAUCUCUUCAAAAACGUUAUACAGCACUUUUCACUUAACAUCCUUUCCACAUGGGAGAUCGUCCCCUCCCCUCUUUUAUAAACCUGAAAUAUUUUUAUAAUCAAAAUGGUAUUUAUUAGACUAUCUUAAGCUAUUUGAGCAGAAUUCUUUUCCCUUCAAGCAGGUUUCUUAUUUAUUUUUGUGCAUGAGGCCAUCUGUGCCUAAAUUCUUGGAGAAAAAGGGUAAAAUCAUGAUGGCGGCGAUAAAAAAAUAAAUCCACCUGAUAAAAUACCAUAAAAUGUCAUGUGAAAUCAAAACAAACAGGAAUGGUGAAUUUGAAGAAGUAUAUUUUUUAACAAGAACGGAAUUGUAUCUUAAGUUAUUUCAUAAAAAUGUAUUUAUGAGUGACUAAUGUAUGCACAAAGUGAUACUAAUAUUUUGUUCUUUUAAUCCACUGUGUUUCUGCUUUCCUAUUUUUCCUUGUAUACUACCUCAAAAGUAAUUGAGGGUUUCUUUGUCACAUUUUCUGUAGGCUUGCAUUUAUAUUGUCUAAAAUGCAUGCAGUGUCAUAAUUAAUACUGUAUUUUGCAUAACUUAAUAAAAGACACCAGUGGAUCUA